AUGUCCAAGGUAACGGCGCCCGGGCCCGGGCCGCCGGGGGCGGCGGCGGCGGCGGCGGCGGCGGGCGGGAAGGAGAAGCGCUCCUUCAGCAAGCGGCUGUUCCGGAGCGGCCGCGCGGGCGGCGGCAGCGGCAGCGGCAGCGGCGGCGCGGCGGGGCCCGCGGGGCCCGGGCCGGCCGCGCCCGCCUCGCCCUCGUCGGCGCGCUCGGUGGGCAGCUUCAUGAGCCGCGUCCUCAAGACGCUGUCCACGCUCUCGCACCUCAGCUCCGAGGGCGCCGCCCCGGACCGCGGCGGCCUCCGCAGCUGCUUCCCGCCCGGGCCGGCCGCCGCGCCCACGCCGCCGCCGUGCCCGCCGCCGCCCGCCGCGCCCGCGCCGCCCGCCAGCGCCGCCGAGCCGGUGCCCGGGGUGGCGGGGCUCCGGAACCACGGCAACACGUGCUUCAUGAACGCCACGCUGCAGUGUCUCAGCAACACCGAGCUCUUCGCCGAGUACCUGGCGCUCGGCCAGUACCGGGCGGGGCGGCCCGAGCCCUCGCCUGACCCCGAGCAGCCUGUGGGCCGCGGCACGCAGGGCCAGGGCGAGGUCACCGAGCAGCUGGCGCACCUGGUGCGGGCCCUCUGGACCCUGGAGUACACCCCGCAGCACAGCCGCGACUUCAAGAGUAUUGUGUCAAAGAAUGCACUGCAAUAUCGGGGAAAUUCCCAGCAUGACGCCCAGGAGUUUCUGCUGUGGCUUCUGGACCGAGUUCAUGAAGACCUCAAUCAUGCUGUGAAGCAAAGUGGCCAGCCUCCUGUGAAGCCACCAUCAGAGACUGAUAUGAUGCCCGAGGGACCAUCUUUUCCUGUCUGUAGCACUUUUGUACAAGAACUUUUUCAAGCCCAGUACAGAUCUUCUUUGACAUGUCCUCACUGUCAGAAACAGAGCAACACUUUUGACCCGUUCCUCUGCAUUUCUUUGCCAAUUCCUCUACCCCACACAAGGCCUCUCUAUGUUACCGUAGUGUAUCAGGGGAAAUGUUCUCACUGCAUGAGGAUUGGUGUGGCUGUGCCUCUGUCUGGGACUGUCGCCAGGCUUCGGGAAGCAGUGUCUAUGGAAACAAAGAUCCCCACUGAUCAGAUUGUGUUAACGGAAAUGUACUAUGAUGGGUUCCAUCGUUCCUUUUGUGACACAGACGACCUGGAAACAGUCCAUGAAAGCGACUGCAUUUUUGCCUUUGAGACUCCAGAAAUAUUUAGGCCUGAAGGAAUUCUCAGUCAAAGAGGAAUCCACUUAAACAACAAUCUAAACCACUUGAAAUUUGGAUUGGAUCAUCAUCGACUGUCUUCUACACAAGCAUUAGCAAAGCAAGGGAAAACAGACUUGCCCCCAACAAGAGCAGGAGGCGACAAGAUUGUUCUAUUAGUGUGUAACCGAGCCUGCACUGGGCAACAAGGGAAGAGGUUUGGACUGCCUUUUGUUCUGCACUUAGAGAAGACAAUAGCAUGGGACCUUCUGCAGAAGGAAAUCUUGGAGAAGAUGAAGUAUUUCUUGAGGCCCACAGUUUGCAUUCAGGUGUGUCCAUUCAGUUUGCGUGUUGUCAGUGUUGUGGGGAUAACAUACUUGCUGCCCCAGGAGGAGCAGCCGCUGUGCCACCCAACAGUAGAAAGGGCAUUAAAAUCUUGUGGACCAGGUGGCACUGCACAUGUGAAGUUAGUGGUAGAAUGGGACAAGGAAACAAAAGACUUCUUAUUUGUAAAUACUGAAGAUGAGUAUAUUCCUGAUGCAGAAAGUGUCCGUCUGCAGAGGGAGCGUCAUCAUCAGCCUCAGACUUGCACUUUAUCCCAGUGUUUCCAGCUCUACACCAAAGAGGAGCGGCUUGCCCCAGAUGAUGCCUGGCGUUGCCCACACUGUAAGCAGCUGCAGCAGGGGAGCAUUACGUUAAGCCUCUGGACUCUGCCUGAUGUGCUUAUUAUACAUCUAAAGAGAUUUCGACAGGAAGGAGACAGGCGUAUGAAACUUCAGAACAUGGUCAAGUUCCCCUUGACUGGCCUGGACAUGACACCUCAUGUGGUUAAGAGAAGUCAGAGCAGCUGGAGCUUGCCAUCCCAUUGGUCUCCGUGGAGACGGCCCUAUGGACUCGGGAGGGACCCUGAGGACUACGUCUAUGACCUGUAUGCUGUGUGCAAUCAUCAUGGCACCAUGCAAGGGGGGCACUACACAGCGUACUGUAAGAACUCUGUGGAUGGCCUCUGGUACUGCUUUGAUGACAGUGAUGUGCAACAGCUAUCAGAAGAUGAGGUUUGCACACAGACAGCAUACAUCCUUUUCUACCAGAGGCGGACAGCUAUUCCAUCAUGGUCAGCCAAUAGCUCAGUGGCAGGCUCCACGAGUUCCUCCUUGUGUGAACAUUGGGUGAGCCGGCUCCCGGGGAGCAAGCAAGCCAGUGUGACCUCCGCAGCUUCCUCCAGACGCACCUCCCUGGCCUCAUUGUCUGAGUCGGUGGAGAUGGCCGGGGAGAGGAGUGAAGAUGAUGGCGGUUUCUCCACUCGGCCAUUCGUGAGAAGUGUCCAGCGUCAGAGCUUGUCAUCCAGAUCUUCUGUCACCAGCCCCUUGGCCGUUAAUGACAAUUGCAUUAGACCUUCUUGGUCCCUGUCCGCUAAGCUGCAGAUGCGCUCCAAUUCUCCCUCCCGGUUCUCAGGGGACUCUCCGAUCCACACCUCUGCCUCCACCUUGGAGAAGAUUGGGGAGGCAGUGGAUGACAAAGUCUCCAUCUCCUGCUUUGGCAGCUUGCGGAACCUUUCCAGCAGUUACCAGGAACCAAGUGAUAGUCACAGCCGACGUGAGCACAAGGCUGUGGGUCGGGCCCCUCUGGCUGUCAUGGAAGGUGUGUUCAGAGAUGAAUCAGACACCCGCAAAUUGAACUCCAGUGUUGUAGACACACAGAGCAAAAACUCAGCACAAGGGGAUCGUGUGCCCCCCAUCUCCGAUCCAUUUGAUAACAAUAACCAGAUUGCUUAUGUGGAUCAGAGUGAUUCUGUAGACAGCUCUCCAGUCAAAGAGGUGAAACCCACAAGCCACCCGGGCUCCCUCACAAAGAAACCAGACAGCACAGCCAAGAGAUCCCCCAGUUCCAAAGGCGCUUCUGAACCAGAUAGAAGCUUGCGGAAGGGGAGACCAGUCUUGGCAAGCCAGGAAUCAUCUCUUUCAAGUACAUCCCCUUCUUCUCCUGUUCCUGUAAAAGUUUCUGUAAAGCCCUCCCGCUCCCGAAGCAAAGCAGAUUCUUCUUCCAGGGCCAGUGGACGGCAUUCCUCCCCUGCCCCUGGCCAGUCCAGAAAGGAGUCCUCCCCCAAACCCCAGGACUCCGUGUCAUCUCCUUCGCCCCAGCGGCAAAAGUCUUCUUCCUCCCUCACCUACACCGCUUCCUCUACAUCUGCCAAAAAAGCUUCGGGCCCUGCUGCAAGGGGCCCCUUCCCUCCUGGGAAGAGCAGGACUUCAGACCGGAGCUUAAGUAGAGAGGGCUCCAGGCAAAGCCUUGCUUCGGAUAGAGCCAGCGUUACCUCUAGCUCUAAACCCAACUCCCCCCGGGUGAGCCAGGCCAGGGCAGGGGAGGGCCGCGGGGAUGGAAAGCAUGUCAGGAGCUCCUCCAUGGCCAGCCUGCGUUCCCCCAGCACGAGCAUGAAGGCUGGUCUCAAGAGGGACAGCAAGUCGGAGGACAAGGGGCUGUCUUUCUUCAAGUCAGCCUUGAGACAGAAGGAAACCCGGCGGUCAACUGACCUUGGCAAAACAACCUUGCUCUCCAAGAAGGUUGCUGGGAGCUCUGUCAAGCUGGCUGGUAAGAGUGGCAUGGACGACAAGGCAGAGAAAGGCUACCAGUCUCCAGGUGCCCAGCAGCCAAAUGCAAGUACAGUUGGAAAAGAGCAGUUUGUCUCUAAGGACCCUGCUUCUGCUAAACAUUCCCUGCUGUCUGCUCGUAAAUCCAAGUCUUCCCAGCUAGAUUCUGGAGUGCCCUCGUCUCCUGGUGGCAGGCAGUCUGCUGAGAAAUCCUCAAAAAAGUUAUCUUCUAGCAUGCAAACCUCUGCACGGCCUUCUCAAAAACCUCAGUGAUGUUUCUGCAAUCCAAGUGUUUUAUCUGUAAAGAUGUUUAUUUAUUUAGAACCCUUUCCCUCCCACCAAAGCCCUCUAUGCUUUUGUAUGUUUUGGGUCAUGUGCCUGGUGUGCGUGUGUGUGCGUGCGCGAGUGUAUGUGUGUGUAGAAUUCAACUGCAGAUUGUUAAAAGCGUCGCCUUAUUCUGCCAUUGAACCAAAUAACAGCCAUAGGCAAAGCAUUGAUACAAGCUAACUGGAAUAAUGUAGAUGAGACCCUGGGCGGUCCCUUUAGCAAUUGUACAUACUUCUUUCUAGAGAACUCUAAUGACUUUUGUUGGACACUAGGGUUUGGAAAUCUGUGAACCAGUUAAGCUGUCAUUAGUGUGUGCUGUAGAAGGAUUGGGUUAUUUGACUUGGGUUUCAUCUGAGCAGGAUUUGUCCUCACAGCUGAUUGUCGUGUGGCACCAGGAGCUCUAAAAACUGUGACACUAACAGUGAAACCAACAAACCGAGAGAAGACUUUGCUUUCUGCACUUUGGCCCCAUCUACCAGUCUCUGUAAAGGGCAAUAUUUUAACACUAAUGUUUCUCAGGUAUAUACUCAGCUAGUCUAGAGUGGAUGCGCAUCAGUAAAAGGGUUAAUGAAGGAGGUGGCCUGUGGGGUGACUGUCAUUUCUCUGACUGCCACAGAUAGAAAUUUCUAGAGGUAGGAAAGAAGUCUUUCAUACCUUCAUGUCUGCACAGAUGUAUGUAUCAUAAGCUGUCUUGAUUCUUAGGAUAUGUCCUAAGAGGUGGCACAUUUGGACAGCCAGAGAGCCAGUCACUAGUUCAUUUUGUUUUUCUUCUAAAUUUGCUACACUAAGGCCUUUGGGAUUUUGAAAUGCAGUAGAGCAGUUAACACAUUUGAAAGAUUCCUGGAAAAAAAUGGAUUCUGAACUGGAUGCAUGAAUCUGUACCAUUUUCCUUCUCUGGUGUUGCCUUUUUCUGUGUUAGAAGCUGAAAGCUCCAUGCUGCCUUGCGUGCACAUGCCUGUGUUUCUUGUAACUUGGAGAAGAAAGAAGUUGCCUAAUGCCAAAAGUCAGUUAGUUGAUGGCGUGUUGAAGCAAUGUGUGACACAGUAUUACGUGUGUACUUCUGAUCCUGCCUGCCUGUCAGUCAAAGUUGUAGAUUGCUUUUCAGUAAGUCAUUUUUUUCUUUGUGCUUAAGAUUUCAUCUCUUAACCAGAACUCAAAAGUAGGAGUGGGGCAUGUUCCAUCUGGCAUUGUCAGUGCAAAUUACAUUUCUUGUUUAGAAAACAAGAGAACCUCACAGAAUCUCACAGAUAAGCAAGAUAUGUAGUUUUUCAAGCUUUCUAGAGGUAUCCUGGCUAUUUAUAGCCUUUUUUUUCCCCCAUUUUUAUAUUUUUUUAAAAUGUCGAGAGUCAUGGUCCUGAUUCUCUUUGAAUUGCAUUUGUCACUUUGCCAUGAAGUAUAGCAUGCUAAGUUUAUAUGCUUUUAAAUAUUAACUUUUUAAAAAAAAAUUAAAGCCUUCCAAUUCUUCCUGAACUCUUGGUGCACAGAUCCAUUUAUAACCUUCCUUUUCAGUAUUGCUGUGUGUGAAGUAGUUAGAACACAUGCACAUGAAUAGUUAUGAAUUCUGCACUGCCUUCCCCCCCCCCCCCCCCCCCGUACCUCUUGGGAAGUAUUUCCCAUAGGUUUCUAACUUUAUUUUGCUGCUAUUUUGAGCAUUAGCAGGUAACUUGCAAGUCUGGAAGCCAUUUAUGUUGAGGAUAGCUAGAAUUUUAGACCCUUGCAAUAUUUAAGACUUAGCUCCUCAGCCUUGUGAAAGCUACCAUAGUGCUCCAUGAAGUUCAUUGAACGUGAGCCUGUUGCCCUGUGCGCUUGGUCCUAUACUCACCCCUUCACUAGGUGUCCCUGAUUCACUGCACAGGCGUCUGGUUUCCCAAAGCAGCAUUCCUCUCCUCUGCUGUAGUGUGACUGUGUAAGACCGGUUGCCAUCAGUGUUGUUCCUGCCUCUGCGGGGACACUGACAGCCCCAUCAGUGUUUGGCCACUGCUAGUUUUUCAGUGUCACUUUUAUUUCCUGGAAAAGAUACACCAAGUAUGGGAUCGUCAGUACCAGGAAUCGAAUGUUUGUCUGAUUGGAGCUUCUUGUCUUUCUUUGAAAUAAGUGAAUAUCCUGUGAAAUCUAUCUGAAGCUCUGCAAUAGCCUUGGAAUUGAGUUUGACUACAAAAAGGAUUUUAAUAACACCUUUCUCUAGGGCUACUAUCAGUUAAGCAUUAGUAGAUUGUAGUUUAAUUUUCAUAGUGGCAAAUAUUUUUAUUCUCGAGUCCUCCAGGAAUGGAUUUUCCAUUAUAUCUAGUGUUUUAAGCAAAAACAAUUCUCCAAAUGUCUUUAAUUUUCCAUGGGAUCUAGAAAUAAAAUUUAAGCAUCUGUAAACUAUAUGUCUAUGGAGUUUAGUCCCCUUUUUUGGAUAUAAAUGAAAAAAAUCAGGAAGUGUGGCAUUGUCUAGGCAUCUUUAAGCUGUUUCAUUUCUGGCCUUGGUAAAUAAUAAAAAUUACAUCCCUAGCUACAGGUACAACCUUUAAGCCACAGAAAAGGAUAUUUGCCCAAAAGUUUGGAGAUGCUCUUUGAGGUGUGGAAGAUCUUAUUGGAAAAUUAUUACUUGGUUCAAUUCAGUUGUUUGGUAGGCAAGUUAGUUGUUUGGUAGGGACUUGGUGUUUGCUUUGUUUUUUAUUUUCCCAGUGAUGUUUGGCACAUUGAGCAUAUCUAUGCUUUGAGGUUAAAAAUUAUCUGCUAAGGAUGGUGGGCCUGGGUUUCUGGUUGACAACUAGGUGGGUCUGAGUAGAGCAGUCAUUUCCUGGUAGGCACAGAAUAAUCCCUGACAGUAGUGCUGUUCUGUAUUGUUUUUUGCUUUUAAAAAACUUUUUAUUUUUGAUUUAUUUUCCUGUGAACAUCCAGUGCACUGAGAUUAUGUCAUUCCUUCAGACAGCCCUGCACCUUGCCUCUGUAAUCCCUUAUAUAAUGUGGAAGCACAAAGAAACCGUUAAGCUCACUUCAUCUCAAGAUCACCUCCCAGCCCUUAUGGUUUCCCAUCCUAAAAGCAGCCUAACUGAAAAGAAUACCUUGCUGGACCAAUAGAAACGGACGUGGGAAUAUUUGUGGUCUGGUAAAAUAUUGUAAUUUGAUAUGAGGCUGCCCUCAACCCUUGUAAUUAUUCUUUCCUCAUUCAUUGAUUCAUUCAUUGAUUCAUUCAUUGAUUCAUUCAUUCAUUCUGCAAACGUUCGUUGAGGGCCUGCUUUGCUCGUAAAGGCGAGCAGAAAGCAUCAGGAAUUUGCUGUAGCCGAGGAGCCCUGGGAGCGCAGCUGAUGAGCCAAGGGAUGCUUGUGAUACCCCAAAUGGAGUGACGGUCCCCGACCCCCGAACAAAGAGAGCAAGUGGAUUCUGGUGAACUGGCCAAGGCCUGUGGUCCUCUUGAGCAAGUCUCUCCUGUUCCGGAAACCAAAAGUGCCCUUCUUCAUCUUUGGAGACAUUUUACUCUUACAUCUACUUUUUCAGACUGAGCUGUCUCUGCUACUUAGGGGUUGAAAAUCCAUUACAAAGUCACUUUCCAUUAGAAUUUGGUCAUCCAUGUUUGUAUGAAACAGAUAUGGGGAUGGGGGGGCGGGGGACAAAUUGCCAUCCCUCUAAAGAAACUAUCAUGGAAAAAACUAGGGACAGUAUGUAAAGGAAGCAGCAGUGGCAGCCUUGAGGAAAAAUGGAACAGAGAAGAGCUGUGAACAGAGCUCACUUAUUUCAAAUAAAUGUGUUUUUAAAAAUAGAUUGACAUAUGAUGUUACAUUUCAUUCUGACAAAUUACCCAACAGCUAAAGUUGUUGUUUCCUACAUAGGUUAUCAGAAUUAUUGAAUGUCAAGAUAAUUAGUGUUUCUGGGUUGGAUUUUUGAGAUAGUUACAGAAAUCAUAAGCACAGUUUCAAUAAAACAUAUUCUGUGAGGUGUGUUGAACUUGUAUUAUUUGGAAGUAAGAGCAAAAUUUGCUGACAAAUCAGUGCCUAUAUCAUAAACAUAAAGUAGCUGUUACUGUGCAGACUGGUCAUCUUUACUUUCAUAAAGGGUACAUUAUUGUUAAACUUCACUACAUUUUUGGGAGGGAAAUCCUAUGCUUUCUUUAAAUGAACACUUAGUAUUUCACACUGCCUUUUAAUCAACUUUCAUAGUGUUUGUUUUGCAGCUGCAAUUUGAGCAUGACCAGUCAUUUUUUUCCCCCAAGUAAUGAAAACAAUUUUGCAUGGCCUCCGUCUAACCCAGAAAGCAUGUUCUUACAACCUAUGCAAACAACUAAUAAAAAAUACGCUAAAUGUAAAUUUUUAAAAAGGCAAUUCUUGGAUUAUGGAGCUCUAUUUUUGAAUUUGUAAUUUUUUACAUGUGGCUUAAUCAUCAGUACCGAAAAGCAUGAAUGUGUUUUCUUGUUUUGCUUUGCACAUGUUUCUCUUUGCUGAUUUUUUUUUUUGAUUGUUGGCAAGAUUGUAUGUAAAAUAAGUAUUUUGCAAGCAGGAGUGGAAUUGGAUAUGUUGAACACACACGGGUUUAUAUACUGUAUUUAGCCUGAAGACUUUCCUAAAGUAUUUUGUUCUAAAAAUAACCUGCCAUUUUUUAUAGAUUUUAAUUUUUUAUAUCUUCUAGGGUUCUAUCGUGGUCACAAGAAGAGAAUGUGGCUUCUAAUAGUGCUAACAAUUUUAAAAUGCUUUUGUAGAGACUUAAAGGUGUUUUGGAAAGCUUUGGAGCUUCCCAAUCACUGGUCACAAUUAAGACUAAGCUCAUGGAAUUUAUGGUAGCAUUCUACAGUGGAUUAGGUUAUAGAUCUAUUUCACAUGCAUUUAAAACUGUUAUUUCCCAAUUUUGGAGGGAAAGGAGAUCCACUGCAGGCUUAGGAGGCUUUUCCAAGUCUCAUACACAUACUCUCCACAGGAUUCUGUUAGGCCUCUUCUGAAUGACUUGUCUGAGAUUCUGAUACUCAGCAUUCACUAGAAUCAUCUAGAGAACUUUUAAAAAUGCCUGGGUCCCACUCCCAAGCUUUUGAUCUAAUUAGUGUAGGGGCAGGUCCCAGGAAUUGCCAUAUAUUUUAAAGCUCUUGGGGGUUUCUAAUUUCAGUCAGAAUUGAGAGCCACUGUGCUACACUGUCCCUAUGGUGAGAAUCACUGCCAUGUGAAGCACUCAGGAGUGACUCAGACUCCUGUUUCAUUGGAGAGGAAGUAAAAGAUUGAGAACUACUGAUACUAAUAUUCUGUUUGAAAUAAGGGAGCCUUUCUGAUUUGAGGCCCUAUUUGGGUGCUUGGAACACUUGCCAGUCUCGUGGGAUCUGGUGCUCUUCAGUUUGCUGGAGCAGUCAAGAGUCCCCUGUAGGGUGUGCAUCCUUCACAGAGCCUUUUUUUCUGGCUACCACCACAGGGCCAGACCCACAGGGGAGUUGGGAAGUCACUCUGAGUUAGAAAAUGCUGAAGUAAAACCUUCAUGGCCUUGGAAAACCUGUUCCUGAUUUUGAUAGAAUGUCUCCAUAGUAAUUACAAUAGCAAACUCGAGGCUGCCACCUAAUUUCCUAGUUAGCUCAUUCUCUACUUAUCCACAGUGUCGUUUUAGGAGUUGACUUUUAGUUUAAAAACAAAUGUGAAGCAUUUUAUUUGGGAGUCUUUGUUUUGGUAACCCUCUGUUUUUUCAAGUAAUUAAAAAAAAUAAUAUCCAAAAAUUUGGCAGUGUAUGUUACCUAUGGAGGCAAAUGAAAUUUAGUUUUAAUCUGUGGUGAGCUGAAUGCACUUUAAACAUCUUCAAAGUAGUCUGCUGUGCUUCUCAGGUGGUUUCAUCCUGUUGAGCAUUAUGCUGCCUACAAAAAAAAAAAAAGAAAGAAACAAUUUACCUGGUAUUUUCAACAUUUCAAGGAAUGAAAUCUAAGUAAAAAUCCAAGUUGGAAAUCCUCCUUGAAGCAGAGUGGCCUAUUGUGGUGAAAAUGAGGUGUGAAGUUGCCUAGGUGCUAUUCUAAGUGGCACGGUAUAGUACCAAAUGGGAAGGCAGUUCCUAUGUUUUCUGAAGCUCACAUUAUCUUUGUAGGCCUUUCAAACAUGUAUUUGUGUUCCCUAUCGGUUUGCUCACCAAUUGUGCCUCUCACCACUGGUUAAAAUCAAAUUCAAGCCCCAUUAUAAAAAUAGUUUCUUUAGCAAACUCUUUAGUUUUACACUGGAAUUUCUGUAGUUGUCUUAAAAGCUGCAUGUCCUGUCACUGUACACAAAAUACUUUGGUAUUGUUCAUGCACCAUUCAUAGUGAUUUCUGUAUAAUUUUCUUCUUUAGUUGUACAGUAGUAUGGAAUGCAGAUAUCUUUCCUUGAGGCUGGAAGAAAAGUGUAUCAUACAUUUUAAAUUAUUUUAGAACAAGUGCAUGAGAUAUGUCACUGAUUUCUGUUAUUUAUUUGUAUGUUUUAUUAUUCAAGGUGUAUGCACUUUUAAGAAGCAAAAUUUAUAUUUUUAUGUUUAAAACGUUUUAUUUCUGGAACAGCAGUUGAUUAUAUAGUAUACAGUUGGAAUUAAGAGAAAAGUGGAAAAUGUAACAAAAUAUAAUAAAUUUAUUACAUGAUGCCCUCUUUAA